AUGAUGGUCGAAGAUCUAGGAAUCGAAGCUAAGGAAUCUGCAGUUCGUGAGGUUGCAAAGCUCUUGCCACUUCCUGAACUUCUGCUGUCCAUUUCUUCAAUCAAGGCAGAUUACAUUGCACGCCAACAGGCAACUGAUGCACAACUUAGCACUAUGGUUGCUGAACAGGUUGAACAAGCACAAGCUGGAUUAAAAGCACUUGCUUCAUCUGAGAAGAAUGUAAAUCAACUCCGCCAAAAUUUUGUUAAUAUUGAGAGGCUAUGUCAAGAAUGCCAAACAUUAAUUGAGAAUCAUGAUCAGAUUAAGCUUCUUAGCAAUGCACGAAAUAACUUAAACACAACAUUGAAGGAUGUAGAAGGGAUGAUGUCAAUUUCUUCAGAAGCUGCAGCAGCACAUGAUUCUUUAAGUGAUGAUAAGGAGCUCAUCAACACAUAUGAGAGAUUAACAUCUCUUGAUGGAAAGAGGAGAUUUGCAUUAGCUGCUGCAUCAACUCAUGAAGAGGAAGUUGGAAGACUAAGAGAAUAUUUUGAAGAAGUUGAUAGAACUUGGGAGAUAUUUGAGCAGACUUUAUGGUCACAUAUUUCUAACUUUUUCCAACUUGCUAAAGAAAGCCCACAAACACUUGUACGUGCUUUGAGGGUUGUUGAAAUGCAAGAGAUUCUUGAUGAACAAGUGGCUGAAGAAGCAGCUGAAGCUGAAGGAGGUGGUGCAAUGGCAUCUGUAGCAAAUCCUCGUAGAGCUGGCAAAAAAUCUACAGAUGCAUUAGCAUCUUCUAGAAACCUUGCAGCUCAAAAGGCAAAACAGGGGAAAUGUUACAAGGAUAAAUGUUAUGAGCAUAUCACAAAAGCUGUUGAAACAAGAUUCAGUAAACUUUUAUCAGAACUUGUCUUUGAAAACCUGAAAGGUGCCAUAGAGGAGGCAAAAAAGAUUGGGGAAGAGCUUGGAGAUAUAUAUGAUCAUGUGGCUCCUUGUUUUCCUCCAAGAUAUGAAAUAUUCCAGCUGAUGGUGAAUUUAUACACAGAGAGGUUUAUUCAAUGGCUAAGACUACUGAGUGAUCGUGCUAAUGAGAUUACAAAUAUUGAAAUCUUAAAGGUAACUGGAUGGGUGGUUGAGUAUCAAGAUAAUUUAGUUGCACUUGGAGUUGAUGAGACAUUAGCUCAAGUUUGUUCAGAGAGUGGUGCAAUGGAUCCACUUAUGGAUUCAUAUGUUGAGAGAAUGCAAGCAACCACAAGGAAAUGGUAUUUGAAUAUUCUUGAAGCUGAUAAAGUCCAGCCUCCAAAAUCAACAGAUGAGGGAAAACUUUAUACACCAGCUGCUGUUGAUUUAUUUAGAAUUCUUGGAGAACAAGUGCAAAUUGUUAGAGAAAAUAGUACAGAAAUUAUGUUAUACAGAAUCUCUUUGUCCAUCAUUCAGGUGAUGAUUGAUUUUCAAGCAGCUGAAAAAAAGAGAUUGGAAGAACCUGCUUCUGAAAUUGGUCUAGAACCAAUAUGUGCCAUGAUUAAUAACAACCUGAGAUGCUAUGAUCUUGCUAUGGAGCUUGCUUCUAGCACUAUUGAAGCCCUAACAGAAAAUUAUGCAGAACAGAUUAAUUUUGAGGACACCUGUAAGGGGUUUCUGGAGGUUGCAAAGGAAGCUGUACACCAAACAGUCAAUGUCAUAUUUGAUGAUCCAGGAGUGCAAGAACUACUAGUCAAACUUUACCAUAAAGAAUGGAGUGAAGGACAGGUUACUGAAUACCUAGUCGCAACAUUUGGUGAUUAUUUCACGGAUGUGAAAAUGUAUAUUGAAGAAAGAUCAUUUAGACGAUUUGUUGAGUCUUGCCUUGAACAAACAGUCAUUGUUUAUGUCGACCAUAUGCUGUCUCAGAAAAAUUACAUCAAGGAGGAAACAAUCGAACGCAUGAGGCUUGAUGAAGAGGUUCUGAUGGACUUCUUCAGGGAAUACAUAAGUGUUAAUAAAGUUGAAAACAGACUAAGAAUACUAAUUGAUUUGAGAGAACUUGCUUCAGCUGAAAGCCCAGAUACCUUCACUCUUGUUUAUACACAUAUUCUUGAACAUCAACCUGAUUGCCCGCCUGAAGUUGUUGAGAAAAUUGUUAGUCUACGAGAAGGAAUACCAAGGAAGGAUGCCAAGGAGGUUGUACAAGAAUGCAAGGAAAUAUAUGAGAAUUCUCUGAUUGAUGGAAAUCCACCAAGGUCAGGAUUUGUGUUCUCCAAAUUAAAGUCCCUCAAAGCAUCAGGGAUUGGUAAUAUUUUCCAGAAUCUAAGUCAACAGAUUUUUCAAGUGACAUGA